GAGCUCUCUCAUUGGCUGCAGACUGUGAGAACCUCCAGCAAACCCAGGACUCACACAUUCAUAUGGAGAUUAGAGAGUAUAAAUAGAGGAGGGAGUGAGAGAGAGCUCAGCACAGCUCAGAUGUUCUCCUCACAGAGAGCAACAGAAGAAACACAGCCAUGGCUCCUACAAUCACUGCAUCAAUCAUCAACUCCAACCACCUUAUUCCACUUACUAAUAAGCUGAGAAAGCCGAUAGUGGAGAAGAUGCGUAGAGAACGUAUCAACAGCAGCAUCGAGAAGCUCAAGUCUCUGCUGGGUGGAGAAUUCUUAAAGCAACAGCCAGAUUCCAGACAGGAGAAAGCCGACAUCCUGGAGAUGACACUUUGUUUCCUGAGACAGCAGCAGCAGCCACACAAGGAGUCGAGCUGCUCCACUGUAGCUGAUGAAGGCUACAGAAGGUGUGUGCAGGAGGCCAUCAACUUCCUGUCUCAGUGUCAAGUACACACUCAGUCCCAGAGAAGACUGCUGAGACACUUCCUCACCAUGCAGCCUUCCAUGGAGAAGAGCAGAAGUGUCGUUCCUCAGCUCAGCUCUCCAGCCUGCCAGAUCAGCAGCAAAGAGGAGACUCCAGUCUGCAGUGGUCUCUGGAGACCCUGGUAGAGCCACAUGGACACUUUACCAUUAGGAAACUAGCUUACAAAUGUCACAUUGGCAUUAACUAGGUUUUCUAUAAUGUGUAUGAAUAUUGUUGUCCAAUUUUUCAUGGACAGAAUAUGACAGGUUGCUUUCAUAUUGGAAAAGCAUGUGAAGAUUUUGUUUUUUACAAUUCCCUAAAUGUGUAAUUUUACAUGGACAGAAUAUAACAAGUUGCUUUCAAUUUUGGAAAGCAUGUGUAGAUGCUUACAUCACUAUGCAUUUUGGAAACCAAGAAGAAUUUUCUGCAAGGAUUUUCUAAGAUUGUAAUGUAAAGAAAUCCCACAUUGGGUAUUAGGUCUCUGCAUUUACAGAAUAUUUGAAGUCUUAUUUCAUUCAAUGAAAGCUUUUGCUUCUUCUUCUAAUAUAAUUCUUACUGUGUAAGAAAGCAUCUUUAUGAAAUUCAUACAGGUCAUUAUUGAUUUUAUUUGAACAAUUGAUUGUUCUUUUUUAAUAUAUAGAAGUUAUAUAGAAGCUAUUUUACCAUUUACAGUAAAAUAUCUGUGUAUCCUGUACAUCAGUAACAACAUUUCUUUCUGAUUACAAAAAAAUUUAUGUUUUGGCAUGUUCUUUUUUCCUUUAGCUAUAUUAGCUGUGUGCAAUUUUAGUGAGUUAAUUGUGAAAUUGCAGUUGUCCACCCUGGAAAUAACUUGAAUUAGGCUUCCUUGCAGGCCAUAAAUGUUGUCUUAUAUGUAACCUAAUAUACAAUGCAGUCAUUCUAUAAAAUAAAAUCUAAUGAUACAAAUGACAA